AUGCUGGUCUCCACUACCCCCACCACCUCCCCACCCCCCAGGCCCCUCUACUUCUGGCGCCCGCACCAAGAAGGCACAGGCUACCUAAGCCAAUGGCACCCCUCAGCCUUCACCGUCUCGGGCGCCACGUACGCGACGUGCGAGAUGUGGAUGAUGGUGCAAAAAGCGCGUCUCUUCAGCGACGAAAGCGCCGCUGCGCAGAUGCUGGAAACGACCGAUCCCAAGGUGCAUAAAGCGCUGGGGAGGGAGGUCAGAGGGUUUGAAGGGAGACUGUGGGAUCGCCGGAAGUUCGAUAUCGUGGUGCAGGGCAACUUGCAUAAAUUCACUGUCUCGGAGGAUGCGGAGAGGUUGAGGGAGUGGCUGUUGGCGACUGGGGAGAGGGAGUUGGUGGAGGCGAGCCCGAUGGAUAGGAUUUGGGGGAUUGGAUUUGCGGAGAGAGAUGCAGCUGCCAACCGGCAUCGAUGGGGCCAGAAUUUGUUGGGGAAGGCGUUGAUGGAGGUCAGGGCGAAGCUGAGGAAGGAGGAAGGCGAAGGGGGAGAGAAAGAGACUGAAAGCGCUUGA